AUGGCUCCCAAUCGCUGGCCGAAUGCUCCCAUGCCGAGCGGUGUCUCCUACGCCGACCUUCCUAUCACUGAUCCGAACUGUAUGAACAUGUCAUGCAAGGCCUUCGCUGCUGGAUGGAACGAAUCACAGGACGAGAUCCCUCUUAUGACGUUAGUCAACUAUUCCUACUGGACCAUGACCUACUACAUGACCUGGAUCAUCAUCUUUGUGGUGGCACACAUGGUCCACGUCCUCAGCGACCGGUUCACAAGAGCCCGGACGCCGGGUAGCCCGCCACGAGCUGGAUGGACGCACAAGCUUGCCGCGAGCUACCGAUCGAUAGCAUACCGGAGAUUCGGCGGAUGGUGGACGAAGCUUGGCAUGCCCUCUCUCGGACUUUUUGCUUUGUUGGCCCUGUCAACCAUCUUCUUCAUUUGCUUGUUGUUUCCUGGACCGGCAUACCUUCGCUCUCGUUUCCGCUUCGGAUCUCCCCCAUUGUCCGUCCGGUGUGCCAUGACCAUCUCCGCCCUGCUACCGCUCCUGAUUGCGCUGGCUGGCAAGGUCAAUAUGUUCACUUGGGUAACUGGGGCAUCCUACGCGGAGCUCAACAUCUUCCACAGAUACAUUGGCGGCGUUCUGUUCGCUCUCGCUACCAUGCACACGGUACCACAUCUCGUGGCCCCUAUCCAAGAUGGCGGGUACGACAUGCUCGCUCAGUUGUUCAUCUGGAAGAGACGCGAGCUAUCCGGAGUCAUCCUGUAUUUCGUUUUCAUCUGCCUGAUGCUGCUUUCCAUCCCAGCCGUGCGUCGCCGUUUCUACGAAUUCUUCGUCUUCACCCACAUUUUCCUCGGCGUCUCAUUCUUUGGCUUGCUUUGGUGGCAUAUCAAGGGCGAAUACGCAUCGCCAAUCUACAUCUAUACCACUGUUGGCAUCUUCAUCUUGUCCAACCUCCUCCGCAUCCUUCAGCGGAACAAGUCCGUUCUGCAUGGCAAGCUCGGCGGCUUCCCCACACGCAUUGAGCGCCUCCCCGGGAAAAUCACCAAGCUCACCGUCGAGGUUCCGGCCGCUCUGCGUUGGAAGGCCGGCCAGCACAGCUACGUUCGCAUGCCGCGCGGCGUCAGCAACAUCUUCGACAACCAUCCUUUUACUAUUGCCUCCAUCCCGUCGACGUCUGGUCCAUCGCAGCAGCAGCAGUCCAACAAGAUGGUCUUCCUCAUCCGUGCCCACCGUGGCUUCACCGGCGCUCUCGAACGGCGGGCGAUUCUUUGUGAAGAAGAACAGAAGAUCGCCCGGCCGGGCCUCCCUUCUUCCCCUUCCUUCGCGUCCGCCACCACUACCACCACCGCCGCAUCCAGCAUCCGCUCGGUGGUCACCGAAAAGCCCAACAAGAACGCUUCCACCUACACCGUCGACGACGUCGAACGGUCCACCACGGCAGCCACGGCCACCACCAUGACCGAGAUCUUCGCAACCCCCACCCGUGCACUCGGCACCAUCAUCGACGGGCCUUACGGCACGUACGUCCCGCCCCUCCACCGCACCUUCGACACCGUCGUCCUCGUCGCCGCCGGUACGGGCAUCACGGCCGCGCUGCCGUACGCGCUCGACCUGUCGAGGCAGCUGCGCGACGGCGGUGCGGACGGAUGCAGCAGCACAACAGUGCAAGAGGUGCGGCUCGUGUGGACGAUCCGCGACGACGCGUGGAUCGAGUGGGUGCGCAGCGAGUUCGAGAGCAUCGUGCGCACGGCGGGCGCCGGCAAGAUCAUCGUGGACGUGUACGUGACGGGCAAGAAGAAGGCGGAGCUGCCGAUGCUGCAACAGCAACAGCAGUACAUUCCUGCGCUGCCUACUGCGCCGCCGCCGCCGGCGGCCUUCGUUCCUCACCACCACCACGACGAGAUGAUGAUGAUGCAGCCCUUGGCCAUCAGCGGGACCGCCGCCGGCCGCCGCGCCGCCCUGUCGCUUUUCCCGCCGGCGGGCAUGUCGCAGUGCUCGUCGUCCGCGACCUUGGCGCCGCCGCUGCCGCGGCCGUCGGAGGAUGUCAUCCUCGAGGACGUCGACGUCGACGAAAUCAAGCCCAGCUCUCCCAUCCACGUCACCACCACGACCACCACUUCCAUCUCCACCUCUGCCACUUCCUCGUCGCGCCAGCUGAACAUCAAGUACGAGGGCCGCCCGCGCAUGGCGAGCCUCGUGCCGCAGCUCGUGGGCGAGGCGCAGGGCGCAAGGGCGUUCGUGGUCGGGUGUGGCCCGGAGGCCUUGAAGGUGGAGCUGGGGAAUGCGGUGGCCGGGAUGCAGAAGGAUGUGUUUAGGGGCGAGAUGGAGAAGGUUGUGUUGCAUAUGGAGACGUUUGGGUGGUGA